UACGUGGAAUAAUUACCGGCUAAAACCCUAACUUCAAAAACCCAGAACAAAGAAUUCAGAACCAGAGAAGUGUGAGAACACAACUGGCUUUGGCUUUGGUUUGGUUAGCCAUGGCGACCACUAGCGAAGCUGGUCUAGAAGCCCUGCAUCGACUCAGAGAGACAGACCCGGCUCAGUGGCUAACCGAAGAUUCCACGAUCAAACAAACGGCUCGCGCCGCUUCGCAGCAGCUUUUCUCCUCCCUCAGGCCAUUCGCGCCCAAAUCGCCUUUCGAUCAGCUCUUGGUCGAUGGUUUCGACGUUGAGCAAAUAUGGCAGCAAAUCGACCUCCAAACCCAGCCUUUGUUGUCGAACCUCCGUCGGGAAUUGAAGCGGUUUGAGAAGAACCCAGAAGAAAUUAAGAAGCUUAAGCUGGUUGGACAAGGCCAAGAUAAGGUUUUGGAAGAAGAAAGAGACGGUUUCGAUGAAGAUUUGGACGAUUUUGAUGUGGAUGAUGAUGUUGAUGAAGAUGAGGAUGAGGACGAUGAAGAAGGUGGUGAAGAGAGAGAGAAUGAGCGUGAAGAAGAGGAAGAGGAAGAGGAAGGCAAUGCUGGUGAAGGGAUAGAGGAUAAGUUUCUGAAAAUAAAGGAUUUAGAGGAGUUUUUGGAGACUGAUGAGGCAAAGGAGUACGGCUUAAAGAAGAAAGGUAAGAAGACGGAGGACAACAAGCAAAGCGAUGAUGGAUUGGAGGAUGAGGAUGAAGAGGAAGAUGGGCAUGCUGAAGAAUCUGAAGAUGAAGACGAUGAGGACAGUGAUGAGAAUGGAGAGUUUGGGUUUGGCGAUGAUGAAGAGGACGAAACAGACGAGUUGGGAAAUGCAAGAUAUGAAGACUUCUUUGGUGGUAAAAAGAAAAAACCAUCUAAAAAAUCCAAAUUAAUCGAUAAUUCAGAAGAUUCUGCCACAGAUGAUGAAGAAGGCGACCAAAUAUUUGAAAAUCAGAAGCAAAAGAACCUUUCUAAACAUGAAAAGGAGCAAAAUAAGCUUAAAUCUGAAAUAGAGCAGAUGGAAAACGCAAACUUGGGUCCAAAAGAUUGGACCAUGCAGGGAGAGGUAACUGCUGCAAAAAGGCCAAAAAAUAGUGCAUUAGAAGUUGAUCUAGAUUUUCAGCAUAAUGUGAGACCUCCUCCUGUGAUCACAGAGGAGAUUACAGAAUCACUUGAAAAUAUGAUCAAGCAAAGGAUUGCCAAUAGACUAUUUGAUGAUGUUCAAAAGGCUCCUACUCUGCCCUCUAAAGCUCCCAAAGAAAUUAAAGAGUUGGAUGAGAAUAAGAGCAACAAAGGCCUGGCCGAAGUUUAUGAGGAAAAGUAUGUUCAGGAGACUAAUCCAGCUUAUGCCCCACCAUCAUUUACUGAUGAGCUGAAGACAGAGGCAAGCACGCUGUUCAAGAAACUUUGCUUGAAGUUGGAUGCUCUAUCUCAUUUUCACUUCUCUCCAAAACCUGUUAUAGAGGAUAUGGCUGUACAAGUAAAUGUUCCUGCUCUAGCCAUGGAAGAGAUUGCACCCGUGGCUGUAUCAGAUGCAGCAAUGCUAGCUCCUGAGGAAGUGUUUGCUGGAAAAGGUGAUGUUAAAGAAGAAGCUGAACUUACACAGGCAGAUAGAAAGAGGAGGAGAGCUAAGAAGAAGAGGAAAUUUAAAGCUAAAGCAGCAAAAAGGAAGCAAAACUAUGGCCAAGAUAACACAUUGCAAACCUAUGAUGAUGGCAAGGAAAACAAGAAGCUAAAACUUUAAAGGUAUUCAUGGAUUACAAGUGGUCAGACAAAUCUCAUUUCCUUUACUACCAAAGCAUCGUCAUCAAGUUUGCAAAGAAAUCUUGUGAUGUAACUUACUCAAACUCGCUGUACUUGAAAUGCUGGCUUAGCAACAUUGAAGAAACCUUCUCCAAGUAAUGCAAAAAGGAAAGCAAAAUCACCCACAAGGGAACUCAUGUAGAGUCUUAAUAUUUAUUUUCCCCUGUAACAUCAAAUUUGAAAAUGAAAUUUUGGUAGGUGAUAUAGGCGGCAUAUUAUAUAUUGUUGUGCAGACUCUCUAUUACAUUCGUAUAAUCAUAAGAAAGAAGUUCAAUUUUAUUAUUAA